CCAAUCCGGAAGCGAUCAUCUUUUGAAAGAGAAGGAUGGUGGAGAGUAGCGUUAACAAAUACUCCUAUCCCUGGCACUUACCACUUGAAAACGUUUAUUGAAGAAUCCCUAUUAAAUCCAGUGGCAGCAACUUACAAUUUUAAAAAUGAAGGAAGGAAAAAACCACCUCUUGUGCAAAGAAACAAUCCAGUAGUAACGGACCUUCCCCCGUACAUGCCUCCCGGCUUCUUGGACUUGUUGAAGAAGCAAGCAGCCACUUACUCAUUUAAAGACCAACCGAGGUCAAGCCCCAGCUCCUUGGUUUACAAAGAUCAGUCAGUUAAGCUUUCACCAGGACAAUACAAUGUACUUCCUCCACCAGUUCCCAAGUAUCCUUCCAGGAGCUUCGUAUUUCGUUCUACAGUUCAAAGAUUUCCAUCAGCCUAUUUCAUUCCUCAUGAAGGCCCAGGACCAGGGCAUUAUGACUUGAAAAUACCUUCAGCAAGUUCCGUCACUUCUUGUUUUCGAUCCAAAGUACCUCGAUUCUUGCCUGCUUGUUCAAAAACCCCGGGCCCAGGAACAUACACAUCUUCAGCACAAUACCCCAAGCAGCCCCGGAGCAUCGCCAGAAUGGGGCGAGAACACAGUCUUUUCUUCAACAACACAAUUGGCUUUUAAAAUAAAGCCA